AUGGGAGGCGUUAUCAACCUAAUGUUCCCCAUCGGCUCUCUCUUCCCGACCUUCACACUGGACCGCACCGGCCGGCGGAAACCCAUGAUGUGGGGCUCUCUUGGGCUCGGCUUAUCCAUGAUGAUGAUAGCCAUCCUCUUGAGCUUCCGGUCCGAAGGAGGCGAUGUGUCGCAAGCCACUGCGUCCGCCAGUGUCGCUUUCUUCUUCACUUACAUGCUGGCGUUCGGUAUGACAAUGAACUGCAUUCCUUGGGUCUAUGUACCCGAGAUCCUACCGCUACAUGUACGAGCGAAAGGCACAGCUGUCGGUAUCUCUGCGAACUGGAUCUGGAACUUCUUCGUCGUUAUGGUCACGCCUACGCUUCUCGACAGCUUGGCGUGGAAGGGCUACCUUAUCUUCAUGGCACUGAACUUUGCGUUCAUACCGCUAAUCUAUUUCUGCUAUCCUGAGACAGCCAAUUUGACGCUGGAAGAAGUCGAUUGGCUGUUCUACGAAGGUGAUGUCGUGAAGCGAAGCCGACGUGUGGCGAAGGAGGGAUGGGAACAAGCGGUUGGCACCGAUCCUGCGACUAUGGUUGAGACGGGUAGUGUGUCCAGCGGUAAUAAGGCCGGACAUACGACGGAGAAGGCAGAGCACACGGUACACUAA